AUGGAGGGCUUCGACGUCCUGAAGGUGCUGGGCUCCGGGUCCUUCGGGCGGGCCAUGCUCUGCAGGGACCGGCGCAGCGGCGAGGAGGUCGUCGUCAAGGAGAUCAAGUGCGAGGACGCGAAGGCGUUGGCCGAGGCCAAGAGCGAGGCGGACCUCAUGGCCCAGCACGAGCACAGCAACAUCUGCCGCUACGUCGCGUCCUUCGCCGACGAGCCGUCGCAAAAGUUCUACCUCGUCAUGGAGUACGCCGACGGCGGCGACCUCGCCGGCGCGAUCAACCGCCGGCGGAGCGCGGGCCGGUACUGGCCCGAGGCCGACGCCAUGUCCAUCUUCGUCAUGUGCCUCGUCGCCGUCCGCCACUGCCACGCGAAGCGCAUCGUCCAUCGCGACAUCAAAGCGGCGAACGUCUUCCUCACGAAGGCGGGCGUCGUCAAGCUCGGCGACUUCGGCGUGUCCAAGCGGCUCCGGGGCCGCGAGGGCGCGACGGUGCUCGCCCAGACCCAGGUCGGCACGCCCUACUACCUCUCGCCGGAGAUCUUCGAGGGCCAGGCCUACGGGUUCAAGAGCGACGUCUGGUCGCUCGGCGUGCUGCUCUACGAGGUGCUGGCGCUGAAGGUCCCCUUCGAGGCGCGGUCCAUGGCCGCGCUCUGCCGCCUGGUCACGGGCGCGAAGGACCCGAAGCCGCUGCCGCCGGCGUACUCGCCGCAGGCGGCGGCGCUCGUGAAGCAGCUCCUCGCGCGCGACCCAAGCCGCCGGCCGUCCGCGGACCGCGUGUUG